AUGCCCAAACAAAAAGAUUUAACUGUUACAAUUCCUGAAAGAUUAGAUUAUGACGACAAUGAAGAUGAUAUAAAUGAUAUAGAAGAUGAUAUAAGUGACGAUGAAUAUCAAAUGGAACAAAAAAUGAAUAAUAUAAAUAAAAAUCUACCAAGUUUGUCACAGAUUUUGAUCAUCUGUCAUUUAUUAGGACAACGUCAAUUGAUCUUAAGUCGAAAUGGCACAAAAAAAUUUUAUAAUAAAGUACGUCAAUAUCAAGAAUUAUCUCAAUUUGAAAAACCAAAUGAUGUGAAUUAUGGCUCACGUAUGGGAAAAUCAGCUGAAAUUUUAUGUAAACUUGCUGCUAUAUCACAAAUAGUCAAAAAUUCUAUGGAAAUAUUAAAAAUUCUUCAAGAACAAAAAAAACUUGAAUAUGAUGAUAUAAGUGUUGCAUUUAUUCGUAAUGCUACUCAGUUAAUCGAGAAUAAAUAUCCAUCAACAAAUAUUAUAUUAGAAAUCGAUUCAUCUCGUUGUCCUCUUGCUGGUUAUUUACAAUGUAGUCAUUUAUUAAAUAUGUUAUUUACUAUUUAUAAUACUGAACCAAUUAUUUCUAAUGAUAUCAUAUCAAAAAUAGAACCGAUUUCUAUACAUUCAACAAUAAAUAAGAUUCGUGAAGCAAUUUUUCAAAUGCCACUAUUUUUUAUCAAACGAGAUUUAACUGGAACAAUGGGUUUACUUCGUCGUUUUCCAACAGAUAUGGUAAAUAGUGUUUUUGAUGAAUUUAUAAAUUAUGAAUUAAUACGACAAGGUCUAACAACAUCACGUGGUAUCGUUUAUAUGAAAUCAUUUCCAUCCGAUUAUAUUUUAAAUGAUAUAAAUAAACGAUCCAUUAUUGACCAUAUGCUUGCAGAUAUCAAAAUGAAUGUUGAGACUUAUAUGACAUCGUUCUCUAACAGCAUUUUGAAAGAAAAACAAAUCUUAACAACAACUGGAAAACAAAUACUAAGAUUACCAGAACACAAAAUAUUGUAUGAAAAUUCAAAAAUUAAAUAUCCUGAACGUAAUCUUGAUCAUGAAGUACGUGAACUAUCAUGCAUUAAUUUACAAACUGAACGAAAUAAUGAUGUAUCAUCUUUAAAUAAUAUUAAUGAACAACCAUCUCAAAGUCUUCUUGUUCAAAUAACUAAUAUUAUACUUUCAACAACACCACCUAUAAUUGUUGAACUAAAUAAUCAAACACCAUUUAUAAUAAACAAUCAACAAAACGAUAUUUCAAUUAUUGAUAAUACAAAUAAGGAUAUAACAUCAACAACGAAUAUUUCAAAUGCAUAUGAUUCUCAAAAUGUGAUCAAUCGCGAUGAAAUAUUACAACCGUCAACUGAAACUCAAAAUACAGAAUCAACGUCGCCUUCUGUACGAAAUAAUACAAAUACUAUUGCUAAUACUAGUCAACAAUAUAAAAAAUGUCAAUCUUCAAAUAAACAUCCUACAAAUGGACCGAAACGAACAUAUAAAAAGAAAAAAUCAAAUUGA